AUGCCGCCUGUGCGUGUGCAUGAGCUUGUGCAACGGUGUCUCGUUCAGUCUGGUCGUGAAGGUUGUGCGCCUGCGAGUGAGCGCCGAGUGCAGACCAGCCAACGAGUGACCAGCCAUGCCCAGAAUGUGCUUUCAUGCCUCCGCCUCUCGCCGCCAAUGGCACGCCUCGAUCACUGCUCAAGCCCAUCCGGUCCAGCCAGCCAGACCUCAGGCUCUCUCUCUCUCUCUCUCUUCUCUUUGCGUCUUUAUCGGCUCCACGCCCCACCCAACCCCCUAGCUCCAGCAUUGAGUUCGCCAGAGGCUCCCGACACCUCGUGUUUCCUGAUUGGCCAGUUUGGCCGAAUCGACGCCGUCAAAUCUCUCCGCGACUGGUUAUAA